CUUUCUUUGACAAUAGACAUAUUUUCUGCUAAUUUUCUUGACAAAACUUGAAACUUUGAUUCAUAUAAUAUUAUAAAGAAUUUGUUAUUUCUUUGAACACGUGUGUAUGUUUUAUUUUUACAAAUAAGCUUUAACAUAAAAUCUAGUUGUUUUGUAUAGUGAGUUGGAAAUAUUGUGUUGGAAAUUUGUUUUCAUUAUUGUUAUUAAGCUAAACUCAGUUAUCAAGAUGACAUCGCCCGUAGUUUCAAAGAAAUAACAAGAAAAAGCACAAUGUGAUGCGUUUUAAUGCAACAUUAAAUGUUGAUUUUUCAAAAUGGACUCAGGUAAAAAUGGAACGUGAAAAUAAUAUGAAGGAAUAUAAAGGUAUAGAAGAAGAAAUGCCAAAAUUUGGAGCUGGUUCCGAAUUUGGUCGAGAUGCGAGAGAAGAGGCAAGGAGAAAAAAAUUUGGCAUUACAAGUAGAAAAUAUAAACCAGAAGAUCAACCUUGGAUUUUGAAAUCUGGAGGGAAAACUGGUAAAAAGUUUAAAGGCAUAAGAGAAGGUGGUGUGAGUGAAAAUGCGGCAUAUUAUGUUUUCACACAUGCUGCAGAUGGAGCCAUAGAAGCUUUUCCAUUACAUGAAUGGUAUAAUUUUCAACCAAUUCAGAGAUAUAAAGCAUUAAGCGCAGAAGAAGCAGAACAGGAAUUCAGUCGUAGAAAUAAAGUAAUGAAUUUUUUUUCAUUAAUGUUGCGUAAAAGACUUAGAAAUGAUGAGGAUGGUGCAGAUGACGAAGAAAUAAUAGAAGGUGGAAAGGGUAAAAAACCGAAUAAGAAGGAGAAAGAUUUAAAAAUAUCUGAAAUGGAUGAGUGGAUGGAUAGUGAUGAUGAUGAUUCGGCUAGUGAUGAUGAAGGAAGUAAAAAGAAUUCUGAUGAAGAAGAUGAUAAUAAAAAGAAAAGGAAAAACAAAGUUGAUGCCACGAAAAAGAAAAAGAAAAAUGCAUCUGAUGAUGAAGCAUUUGAAGAAAGUGAUGAUGGUGAUGAAGAAGGUAGAGAAUGUGAUUACAUUUCUGACUCGUCAGAUUCUGAAUCAGAAUUGGAACAGCAAAAGGAUAGCAAAUCAGUUGCAGAAGAAGACGCAUUGAGAAAAUUACUUGCUUCUGAUGAAGAUGAUGAUGAUGAAGAACAGACAGAUAAAAAGGAUGGGGAUGAAGAAAAAGAUGAAGAUGAUGAAACUAAAGAUAAAGAUGAUAAAGAUAAAGAUAAAAUCAAUAAAGAUGCGGAUAAAAAGAAAGAUAAAAAGAAAAAGAAAAAACAAUUAAAAAAAAAAGAUUCAAAGAAACUUACAUCGGGAAAAGAUUCUUCUAGUGACUUUUCUAGUGACUCAGAUUCAGAAUCUGAUACAGUGAAAGAAAAAGAUAAUAAAAAGUCUAAUAGUGCACAUAGUUCAAGAUCUGCAACACCUACACCAGCUGGAAUAUCAGACUCUAUAAAAAGAAAACAGUCUGGAUCUCCAGAUUUAUCACAAGCGAAGAAAUUGAAAUUGGAUAAUUUUAAUUUAGUACCAGUAACUUCCUACAUCCCAGGAAUCAGUGAAUCCGGAAUUACAGAGGAUGCAGUAAGACGUUAUCUUAUGCGUAAACCAAUGACAACAACGGAACUUUUACAGAAAUUUAAAUCGAAAAAGACUGGUCUUACUUCAGAACAGUUAGUUAACGUUAUGACUCAAAUACUUAAAAAGAUCAAUCCAACUAAGCAGACAAUAAAGAAUAAAAUGUAUUUAUCUAUUAAGACACAAUCUAAUUGAUAUUUUUAUACAUUUUAAUCCAAUUAAUAUUUAUGUAUAAAAUAAUAAUUUGUAUAAUAAUAAAAUAAAUCAAUGUAUAAAAUUCAGGAAUUAAAUUUUACAAUUAGUUGUAUCAUUAGGAAUAGAUUAGUACAAUUAAUAUAAUUUUCAAGAAUAUUAAGAUUUACUAAAAAUUUCGGGAAUUUAAAUCUUUUUAAAGCGUUUUAUCUACUUUUUAUGUCUAUGAAUUUUUCAUGUUAUAAACUUAUAAAGAAUAGAAUCAAUGUACUAAAUAUGCAUCUAAUUUAAAAAAAAAAAAUCAAAACUCAAAAAUUCGAGACGAUAAUUACAUUUAAUAUGUUUCCUAAUAAUAGGGAAUAAAAAAUUCUUAAAAAUCUUGAUAUUUUCGAGAAUUCCAAUUUUCUUAAAUCGCAAAAUCUAUCUUUAAUAAUGAUAUACUGAUUUUCUGAUGGAUCUGUCUAAUAAAAAUAAUUGUAAUAAUUAAAAAUUUCAAUUUAUUACUGUGUUCUGUUUUUUUCUGCAUCUUAAUUAAUUGUAAUAGAAAUCAUAUGAUAGAAGAAAGUCAUUUUGAUAAGCACGUCUUCGAGUUUAUCAGUGAUGUAGUAACAUUCUCUGAAUUUUACAUUGACCUCACUGACUCGUGCAAUAUCAAGAGUGUAAUACAAUUUUAUUUUAGAAUAAGAGGCAUCGUGCAUUGUAGUAUACACUUCUCUCUUGUCACUUUAUUAUUGUAGACUGAAUGAAGUUGAUGAACGCACAAUGCUGUUUAUAGAAAGCUUUACAUUUUUUGUGUGAUUAUAUAAUAAAAUAUCGAGGAUUGUUCAAUUACAUAAAUGUGAAUUUAUUACGUAUCAUCAUGUCCUCGACUCGUUCUAUAAAAAACUUAAAAGGCAAAAUAAUAGCAAUUAGAAGAGAAGAUCAAUCAGUAUGGGAAAGAAGAGCUCCUUUAGCACCUGCGAAUGUUCGUCGAUUAAUUAGGGCAGGAGUAAAAGUAAUUGUGCAACCUAGUAAUAGAAGAGCGUAUCCUGCACAUGCCUAUCAAGCUGCAGGUGCUACAUUGCAAGAAGAUAUUAGUUCUGCUUCCAUUAUUUUUGGUGUAAAACAAGUUCCUGUGGAUCAACUUAUAUCCAAUAAAACUUACUGUCUUUUCUCUCAUACUAUCAAGGCACAAGAAAGUAAUAUGCCUCUCCUAGAUGCCAUUCUGGAAAAGAAUAUACGUUUAUUAGAUUAUGAAAAACUAACAGAUGAUAAUGGACAAAGAGUGGUUGCGUUUGGGAAAUAUGCUGGCGUAGCUGGUAUGGUGAACAUAUUACAUGGACUUGGAUUAAGAUUACUUGCACUGGGACAUCAUACACCAUUCAUGCAUAUUGGCCCCGCGCAUAAUUAUAGAGAUUCCGCUAUGGCACGACAAGCUAUACGAGAUGCAGGAUACGAGAUAGCAUUAGGUGCUAUGCCAAAGUCAAUUGGACCACUAACUUUUAUUUUCACUGGUAGUGGUAAUGUGAGUCAGGGCGGUCAAGAAGUUUUUCAAGAACUUCCUCACGAAUAUGUACCACCGGAAAUGCUGAGAAAAGUUGCCGAACAUGGCGAUACAACGAAGAUAUAUGGAUGCGAGGUAAGACGAAGACAUCAUCUUGAAAGAAAAGAUGGAGGUGGUUUUGAUCCUGAUGAAUGUGACAAGCAUCCUGAGAGAUAUAUUUCCACUUUCAGCAAAAAGAUUGCACCAUACGCAUCGGUGAUAAUAAAUGGAAUAUAUUGGGCUGUUGAUUCGCCUAAAUUAAUAACUAUACCAGAUGCGAAAUAUUUGUUAAGACCAGCAUAUACUCCUUGGUUACCAUCAAGUAUUGGUGCGCCUGCUUUACCUCACCGAAUAUUAGCUAUCUGUGAUAUAUCUGCAGAUCCUGGGGGCAGUAUUGAAUUCAUGAAUGAAUGUACAACAAUUGACACACCAUUUUGUUUAUACGAUGCUGAUCGUAACAAGGAUACAAAAUCUUUUAAAGGACCCGGGGUAUUAGUCUGUUCAAUUGAUAAUAUGCCAACUCAGCUGCCAAAAGAAUCUACAGAUUUCUUUGGAAAUCUUUUAUAUCCUUAUGCGUUGGAUAUUAUUCAAUCGGAUGCAAAAGUACCUCUUGAAGAACAUAAUUUCAGUCCAGCAGUGUAUGAUGCAAUAAUAGCAUCCAACGGAAAAUUAACACCCAAUUUUGAAUACAUUCAAGAGUUAAGAUUACUAAAUCACCGUUGUAAACAUACAGCAGAUAAUGGUGAAAUACGAAGUAAAAAGGUGGUUGUCCUCGGUGCUGGACAUGUUUCUGCCCCAUUGGUUGAAUAUUUACACAGAAAUAGUAAUAUACACUUAACUGUUGCAUCUCAAUUGAAAGAAGAGGCAGAUAUAUUAGCAAACAAUUUUCCCGGUGUGGAACCGGUUCUAUUAGAUGUAAUUGAACGUCCUGAUACUUUAAAUGACAUUGUCAAAUCGGCGGAUGUAGUAGUUUCAUUGUUACCAUAUUCAUUACAUCAUGUCAUUGCAAAUGUAUGCAUACACAAUAAAACUCACUUAGUAACAGCAAGUUAUACAAAUGAAGAUGUUAAAGCUUUACAUGAAAAGGCUCUUGCAGCGGACGUAACUAUACUUAAUGAAGUAGGAUUAGAUCCUGGUAUUGAUCACUUGCUGGCUUUAGAAUGUUUUGACAAUGUUAAGCAAGCUGGCGGAAAAAUUGAAUCUUUUAUAUCUUGGUGUGGCGGCUUACCUGCUCCAGAAUGUUCCUCUAAUCCUUUACGAUAUAAAUUUAGUUGGUCGCCACGAGGAGUAUUAUUAAAUACCUUAGCAUCGGCUAAAUUUUAUUCUAACAGACAAAUUGUAGAAAUACAGCCAGGAGGAGAUCUUAUGUCUGCCGUUCAAGAUUUAGACUUUUUACCCGGUUUUGCGUUGGAAGGUUUCCCUAAUCGAGACAGUACAAUUUAUAAAGAUAUAUACGGACUCAGUAAUAUUAAUACAAUGCUGCGAGGUACAUUGAGGUUUAAAGGUUUUUGCAACACAAUACGAGCUUUACAAUUUCUUGGAUUAACGGAUCCUAAUCCACAUCCAUCCUUGCAUCCAAAUGGUCCAGAUAUUACAUGGGUAUGUAAACGUGAUAUUUAUAUAUAAAUUAAAUGGAAAAACUAUAUUGAAAUUUAAAUUAAAAAAAAAACAGAUAAAUUUCAAGAAUUAUUUUGCGAAAUAUUUUACAUGAUAAUUACGAUAAAUUAAACAAACGGUUUCAAUUUUUAGAUUUCGUUCUCUAUUUCAUCAUAAAUAUUUCAUUAUCACUUAUGAUGUGAUUGUAAUAAUUAAUCAAUCGAUAAACUGAAAAUUUCGUUAUGAGAAUGUUAAAUUUGAUCUGAGGAAUAUGCAUCAAUAUAUCAAAUAUAUUAAAAAGAUAUAUAAUUGUAUCUAUAAUUCUAGGAAUAAGUUUUAUAACAGUUCAUUGUAUAUUAUUUCUUAAUUACUAAUUAAUGUUAAUGUUGAUUUUAAUAAAUCUGAUUUUGAUUGGUGAAAUUGGGUAGUGAGAAAUUUUAAUGAUAGCGACUGAAAUUUUAAAUUUUAAUGGAAACAAAAAUUAUUUUAAAUGUUAUAAAAAAAUAAAAUACCUAUAUUAAAUAUCUAUAAAAAUUAAUUAAUUAUAUAUUAAGAAAUAA